AUGGUUGAGAUUGGGAAAUCCCGAGAGUUCGGAGAGAAAGAGAAAGAGCUCACUGAGCUCACUGAACUCAGUAACGACCAAGAAGAUGAAAGAACUUUGGAUCUUCAAGAGCCUUACUGGCGGUCCGUUAUGGCCAUUGUCACUGCUGGUUGCGCUUUCAUGUCGGAUGGAUAUCAGCAGGGCAUAAUGACACCACUCAAUAUGACAUUGGCCAAGUCCUACUCUGGUUACGAUUCUAGCUGGAAAACAAUGGUAUCAAACUCUAAUCUUGUUGCCAAUAUUCUUGGUCAGAUUGGCUUUGGAUUCAUUGUGGACCGAAUUGGAAGGAAGCAAGGCUUUGCAAUGACGACCGUCUUUAUCAUUUUGGGCUCCAUUCUUGCCGCAUGCUCCAAAGGCUCCUCCCAAAAUAAGUUGUUUUGGAUGCUUCUCAUCUCACGGGGAGUAUCGGGUAUAGGGAUUGGUGGGGAAUAUCCUUGUUCUGCUUCUUCCGCAAUGGAGGCAGCAGAUGAAAGGAUGGGAAAACAUCAGAAACUAAUUCCGUUCAUUUGUGCAACAAAUCUUCCUAUUUCAUUGGGCAUUCCUGUUGCCACUUGUGUUUAUUUAAUUGUCUUAGAAAUUUGGGGUGAGACUAACACAAGUGGAAUCUGGAGAACUUGUUUUGCUAUUGGGGCAGUAUUCCCAAUGAGUAUCUUCAUUUUCAGAUGGAGAAUGCACCACGCAAAGGUCUUCCGUAAAAACGCAAUCAAGGAAAAGGUUCCCCAUAAAUUGGUAAUAAAGAGACUGUGGAAACCAUUUAUGGGCGUUUCGGUGAUGUGGUUUAUUAUGGAUUUCGUGAUCUAUCCAAACAACAUCUUUUCCUCUUCUGUGAUCUCCAUUGUGUUACCCCAUGCUGGUAUAAAGAAAACCGCUGAAUGGCAACUUUUCCUGGGAUCUUUUGCUGCUUUUGGGUCAAUUAUAGGAAUGUUUUUGUUUAAGUGGAUGACAAGAAAACAGGUCAUUAUUGCAGGUUUCUUGGCAUACGGAGUACUGAGUAUAAUCGUUGGUGCGGCUUUUGCUCAGCUUUCUAAAAUUCCAUCCUUAUUUAUCAUCUUUUACGCCCUGAUGAAUUUGGUGAUCUACGCAGGCCCGGCAAACUUACAAUCAGCCGUUUCUAGUGAGUCUUUUCCAACAGCCGUAAGGGGUACCCUCUAUGGUCUCUCAGCUGCUAUUGGUAAGGCUGGUGCGGCCAUUGGAACCGAGGUGUUUACACCCAUCCAAACUCAUGCAGGUAAAAGGUAUACCUUCUUUUUAUCUGGAGGCGUGUGUUUUAUUGGUGCUCUUGCAGUCUGGUUAUGGGUUCCUGAUACUACUGAUUACGAUCUAGACGAAGAGGACAAAAAGUUCAACCACUACCUUCUCGCUAACGGCUGGACCGGGGAGAUGGGAGAGAGAAAUGACAAGCACCACAUGCAGGCUUCAAAUAUCGAAAGUGAUUGA